CGCUUCGUCUGGGGGCCGAGACCUGUUGCUCCGCCUGAGGGCCCGAGACCUGUCGCUCCAUCUGGGGGUCCGGCGCCCGCCGCUCCGCCUGAGGGCCCGAGACCUGUAGCUCCGCCUGGGGGUCCGGCGCCCGCCGCUCCGCCUGGGGGGCCCGAGACCUGUAGUUCCGCCUGGGGGUCCGGCGCCCGGCGCUCCGCCUGGGGGUCCGAGGCCUGUCGCCCCGCCUGGGGGUCCGAUGACUGUCGCCCCGCCUGGGGGUCCGAUGCCUGUCGCCCGCCUGGGGGCCCGAUGCCUGUCGCCCCCGCCUGGGGGCCC